UUUUCCGUUUGUUUUUCUUCGAAAUACAACGCAGUCAAAAUUUUGUAUACUGCACUGUACUGUACUGUUAUUGUUUGACAUAUUACCUUCAAUUCAACGACUAAAGCCUUGGAAAUUAAUUUCAAUAUAUGAAAAAAAGUAAGGUGUUACCAUGGUCACCGAGGGCCGCAAACACAGCAGGGCUGCGUUGGCGCUUGAACGAUUCCUGUGAAAGAAAUUUUAUCGCGGCGGGGAGUGCCGUUUAAAUAUAUUGUUGAUUCAGUCUCAACUUGAGAAUUUGAAGAGCUAAGAGAUAAACCGACUAAACAGCUUUAUCUGACUUCCAAAAAGAGAAAAUGUACAAAGUCAAUUUCCCUCUUGACCAAUCGAUUGAGACUGCUGUGGAGCGGAGACAGGCUGCCGAGGCUGCACGCAAGGCUCGAAUUUUCAAUACAAGGCUGCGUGUAAUGGGCCUUGACCUGGAUGCACUCCACAAACAGACUCAGGAGAAAACGCACCGCGAGCGAAUGGAGCGAGAAAGGGACAAAGCUUUUGAUCGGAUGAGACUGGAGCACGAUGAAGCGUUGUUGCGGCAAGACAUAGAGGAAAGAAAAGUGCGUGAAGCUUUGCACGCAGCCCUGGCUCAGUACUGGAGAAUCCAGCAGUGUGCGGAGGACUCCCAUGACGCAGAUCUCAAGUGCGGCCUGAGGGGGGCAUUCGAGAUCAAUGUUCCAGAGGCUGAGCUAGGGCCUGCCAGCAUGCAGAUCUUUCAGGGUGAAGAUAUUGGAGUGGCACAGCGGAGGAGAGAACAAAUGAAACAGACAGAACGCAAUCUGCUGGCACAAAUAGUCCAAAAGGAGAGAAGGUGCAUGGAAAAUAAGCACAGAGAGAUACUCCAAGAAAAAGAGCUGUUGCAACAGGACCUCCUUUGGAGGCACAAACUUGAUGCGGAGCAGGAAGACAAAAAAGCCGUCCGUGUCGCUCUUGACCACUACAAUCAAGCUCUGGCUGUCGAGCAAGCUGAACGACUGAAGGAGUCACACCGGCGAGAGGAGAGGGAGAAUCUUGCUGAGAAGUGGAACACAUUGACAUCCGCUAUGAUGACUGAGGGUUGGGAUGCGGCAGUGAAGCAGCUGCAGGAAGGGAAGCCUGCUGCGACCGACAGGUGGAGAGGCAUGAGCCCCGACCAGCUGAGUGCCAUCCACAAAGAAAGAGAGGCGCAAUGCGUAGAGAGACAGAGAUGGCAUGAUCUGGAGAAGAAGAGAGAUGCGGCGUGGAACUCCCGGCUCGUAGAGGAAUCCAGAGAAGCCCAGCAAGAGGAAAAGAGAACGUCAGAACUCAGGCGAGCCAAGCGGAUCCAAGAUCACCAGUUCAACAUGCAGCUGGCUAAAGAGCAGCAAGCACAUCAAGAGUAUUUGGACAAGGAGGUGUACACCAACAAACCCACUCAGGACUUCUUCUCUCAAUUUAACACCACCUCUCGCUGAUGCUGAGGUGUGACAUCAUAAUCCAAAAGGAUCCAAUGAUCAUGUACAGCAGCGUCGUCUCCUUGUGACACCUCAAUAUUCUAAAAUGAUGAAUAAAACACAGUACAGAUUCUGCCACA